AUGGACCAACCGAAGUUCUUUAUCUUUCAAAACGAAGGAUCAGGAGUAUUGACCGGAAAGAAACGUAUGAACCUCCCUGUAACAAGCUCUGAUCAAACUGAGACUGGUGCCUACUUGGCCAUCGACUUGGGUGGAACAAACUUGAGAGUUGUCAUUGUUCAUCUGCUUGGUAACUCCAAGUUCGAGACCUCCCAAGUGAAGUACGCUCUACCAGACAACAUCAGAACUGCAAAGAAGGAAGAGUUAUGGGAGUUCAUUGCGGUCUGUUUGAAGAAGUUUGUCAAUGAACACUAUCCAAACGGUGUUGAUAAGCCUUUGCCAUUGGGUUUCACCUUCUCCUACCCAGCUUCCCAGAGUGCCAUCAACGAGGGUAUCUUGCAGAGAUGGACCAAGGGUUACGAUAUCGAUGGUGUCGAGGGCCAGGACGUUGUCCCAAUGUUGCAGGAUGCGUUGAAGAAACAUGAUGUUCCAAUCGAGGUUGUCGCUUUGAUCAACGACACCACUGGUACUUUGGUGGCUUCUGCUUACACCGAUCCAGAGACAAAGAUGGGAUUGAUCUUUGGUACUGGUUGUAACGGUGCUUAUUACGAGGCUGCUCAUUCAGUUGACAAGUUGGAGGGAUUGUAUGCCGAUGAUGUCACAGAGGACAGCGUUAUGGCAAUUAACUGUGAAUAUGGUGCCUUUGAUAACGAGCACGUGAUUCUUCCAAGAACAAAGUACGAUAUCCAAAUCGACGAAGAAUCCCCAAGACCAGGUCAACAAACCUAUGAGAAGAUGAUUGCUGGUUACUACUUGGGUGAGUUGAUUCGUUUGAUCUUGCUCGAUAUCUACGACACCAAGAAGAUCAUCUUUAAGACUCAAGACGUUUCCAAGUUGAGAGUUCCAUUCGUCUUUGACACAUCUGUUCCAGCGAUCGCUGAACAAGAUAACACUGAGUCACUUGAGCACAUAGACGAACUGUUCAAGAAGGAUGCUGGUAUCGAAACAACCUUGGAUGAACGUAAGUUGAUUCGUCGUCUGGCUGAGUUGAUCGGUACAAGAGCCGCAAGAUUGUCUGUCUGUGGUAUCGCUGCCAUCUGCAAGAAGAGAAACUAUCAAACCGCACACUGUGCUGCUGAUGGUUCUGUUUACAACAAGUAUCCGGGAUUCAAGGAGCGUGCUGCUGAGGGAUUGAGAGAUAUUUUUGACUGGAAGGUUGCUCCAAAGGAUUACCCAAUCAUUAUUGUUCCUGCUGAGGAUGGUUCAGGUGCUGGUGCCGCAAUUAUCGCUGCUUUGACAGAGAAGAGAUUGAAGAACAACUUAUCAGUUGGUAUCAGAAAGUGA